AUGACUGAACAGAACCAAUUGAAGAAGCAGAAGACUGUGAGCCAGCCUCCAAGACCUCAAAACAUUGGUAUCAAAGCCAUUGAAGUGUACAUUCCUUCUCAAUGCGUAAAUCAAGCCGAAUUAGAGAAAUUCGACGGUGUUUCACAGGGAAAAUACACUAUCGGUUUGGGUCAAACCAACAUGUCUUUUGUGAACGACAGAGAGGAUAUUUACUCCAUGAGCUUGACUGUGUUGUCCAAGCUACUUAAGAACUACAACGUUGACCCUCAGUCUGUUGGUAGAUUGGAGGUCGGCACCGAGACUCUUUUGGACAAAUCUAAGUCUGUUAAAUCCGUGCUGAUGCAACUCUUCGAGGGCAACACUGACCUUGAGGGUAUUGACACAGUCAACGCUUGCUACGGUGGUACCAGUGCUCUUUUCAACAGUUUGUCUUGGAUUGAGUCUUCCGCGUGGGAUGGUCGUGACGCCGUCGUUGUUUGUGGUGAUAUUGCCAUUUACGAUAAGGGUGCUGCCAGACCAACAGGUGGUGCUGGCACUGUGGCUAUGUUGAUUGGUCCCGACGCGCCCAUUGUUUUUGACUCAGUUAGAGGUAGCCAUAUGGAGCAUGUUUACGACUUCUACAAGCCAGACUUCACCAGCGAGUAUCCUUAUGUUGACGGCCAUUUCUCUCUGAGCUGCUACGUCAGUGCCUUGGAUCAAGCAUACAAGUCCUACUCUAAAAAAGCUAUUGCCAAGGGGCUCGUUCAAGACCCUGCUGGCCCUGAAGCUGUGAACACAGCCAGCUUCUUCGACUACAACGUUUUCCAUGUGCCAACCUGCAAGUUGGUCAGCAAAUCAUAUGCCAGGCUUCUUUACAACGACUUCAGAGCCAAGCCUUCGCUCUACCCUGAAGUAGACGCCUCGCUCGCACAGGUCGACUACCAAACUAGUUUGACUGACAAGAACAUUGAGAAGACAUUCGUUGGCGUUGCGAAGGCCCUUCAAAAGGAAAGAGUAGCUCCUUCGCUUGUGGUGCCAACCAACACGGGUAACAUGUACACCGCUUCGGUUUACGCCGCGCUUUCCUCUCUUCUGUCCUUUGUGGGCUCCGAGGCUCUCCAAAACAAGCGUAUUGGACUGUACUCCUACGGUUCUGGUUUGGCCGCCUCAUUCUUCUCAUGUAAGGUUGUUGGUGACAUUAAGUACAUCACGGAUGUCCUCAGCCUCGACAAGAAGCUUCAAUCCAGAAAGACUGAGACGCCAGAGGCGUACGAAGCUGCUAUUAAGUUGAGGGAGGACGCCCAUUUGAAGAAUGGUUUCAAGCCAAAGGGCUCCCUUGAGCACUUGCAGUCUGGUGUCUACUACCUAACCAACGUUGACGAAAGAUUCAGAAGAGAGUACGCUGUCAGCCAGUAG